UUCUCAAGAGAAAAUGAGUGCUCUUUAAUACAAAUUUACUACCAACUUACUAGGUAUAGGUCUGAGGAGAAAAAGCGCGGAGAAGAUUGAUUCAAGGCCAUCCAAGGUAAAAAACUUGGGAAAUAUUGAAAAUUUCUCAAACCUAUCCAAAGAUAUUUUCCCUGUGGUAACAGUUAUGGAUGGUAAAAGAAUUACUGGUAGUCAAACAAAGGACGGUAAUAUUGGUCUACGAAGAUGUCAGUGGCCAGAUGUAUUUGAAAGGGAAGAUUAUGAACCCAGAAGAAAUGAUUCUAAAAUUUUAAUCGAAGACUUCCAAAAAGAUCCAAGAAACUUUGUCACACAUGUUAUAGUUGAAGACUCCGAGGAAACUUCCAGGAAUUCUUUUGAAAUUCUAGAUAGGGAAUAUUUGGAAGAGCUUUCGAAUUCAUCAGGAGACUCCUCUUCUGAUAGAAAGGACACAGUAGAGCAGAUAUGUAAUGCUCAAGGUGUGUAUGAGAAUCAGAGAGAAUCUGAUGUUGCCAUGUCUGACAUUGACAUGGAAGUUCACCAGGGCAGCGACUGUGUACUUGACCUAGAAGUGACGCAGGAAGAGUACAAUUAUAUGCUGAUCCCCUCAGACAAUUCAGAAAAUGAGAUGGAGGAAAUGACUCACUUUGUACCAAAGCCUACAGUACCUACGGAGACAAACCAUGCUCUUAUACCUAUACAUCCACUACUGCAGAACCUACGCAAUGAAAUGAUUCUUAAUAUGCAGGAUCGGAAAGGAAGUUUAGAGUACAGAAGCCAGGAUAUUGAAAAUUGUGAUCCAACAGGGUGGUCAAACUUUGAGAUUUAUGAUAAUAAUUAUCAAGAUCCUGGACAAUUGACAGACAUUAAGACAAAUGAGACAGAAAGUUAUUUCAAGACAGAAAUACUAGAACAGUCAGCUACUGGACACUUCACACACAUGGUGGAAGUUAUGAAGCAGGAUGUCACUGCUGAACAGUCACACAGCUUACACAGAUCCUUGACCAUCAAUACAAGGCGCAGUACUAAGUGGGGUGUCAAAAUGUUCAAAGAUUGGUGUGUAAGGAUAGGUGUCUGCAAAGACUUGUCAGUCAUACCCCCUGCUGAUCUAGCAGAGGCUCUGGAGUCAUUCUAUACUGAAAAGUGUCAGCGUUUAAGUUACCAGAAACAUUCCCUCUGUAACAUUAGAAGCAGCCUAAAACGACACUUGUGGCACAUUGGACGUACUGAUAUAAACAUUGUGAAGGACUUGCAGUUCAAAAGAGCUAAUGCAGUUAUAAAGGGCAUGUUAAAGUCUGGUGUAGAGAAGAAACAGCAGAGAAACUUAAGUUUGAAGAAAAAGAUAUCGACCAAUGCCACUCAAAAUGGUUUGAAGAAAAAGAUUUCCACUAAUGCCACUAGAAAUACCACAAAGUGGACUGUGAAGUUAGUUAAAGACUGGUGUUGUGACCAUGGAAUAGAGCUAGAUUUGGCGAAUGUGACACCAGAUAUGUUAGCAUCUAUCCUUGAGAGAUUUUACAUGGAAGCUACGCGAAGGAAGAAGGACCAGGACAUAUUACAGGAACGACUAUCAACCUACAAAAAAAAUUCACUGUUUAUAAUACGCAGUGGACUAAAUCGCCAUUUUAGAGACAUAGGACGUGUGAUCAAUGUCACCAAGGACAAGUGUUUUAUAGCUGCCAAUCGCUUGUUAAACAGGAAGAUUUAGUCUGAUAAGUUAGGAGGACUAAGACAACUUGACAUUAUGAGACCGCUUUAUCAGGGUUUACAUUAUAAGACCCCUUUAUCAGGUUUUACAUUAUUAGACUCCUUUAUCAGGGUUUACAUUAUUAGACCCCUUUAUCAGGGUUUACAUUAUGAGACCCCCUUAUCAGGGUUUACAUUAUGAGACUCCUUUAUCAGGGUUUACAUUAUGAGACCCCU